UUUCCGGUUGAUCUGUCAACAAGGAAGAACAUCUGUUAGACUACAAUAAUUCAUUCUAUUCUACUCAUUCUAGUUCUAGAUCUAGACUUCUAGAUCUAUAAUUUUUAUAUAGAUUCUAGAUUUAGUCUAGAUCUACAUCUAGAGUUACGACUGUUUAAAUCUACAUAUCUAGAUCUAUUUGUUUUGCACCAAUAUGAAUAAACCUAAAGAGAAACCCACGAACGUUCCCUCAAUUUUACUGGAAGGCCACGAAAAUGAUGCGCUUUUUUAUACAAUGGGCACAUUGUGCCUUUUAUAGACAGAUAGGAUGGCUGCCUGGUCGUGCGGUUUGCGCGCUGGAUUGUCGUUUGGAUUUACAGAGGGUUCCCGGUUCAAACCCUGCCCGCUCCCAUCCUCGUUGACCUCCGGGAGGUUUGGACUAGGAAGUAAACUAUCUUCAACUCUGAAGGAACAUCCAAAAAAUACUCUGGCCACAGGUGUUGUUCAGUUAUAUUUAGCUGAUCAGCCUGACAGCACAAGAUGGAACAAAAGAUGUUGUGGUGUUGCUUGCUUUGUCAAAGACAGUUCCAAGAAGUCAUUUUAUAUCAGAGUAUAUGAUAUCAAGAAACAGCAACUAAUAUGGGAGCAAGAGUUGUAUAACAACAUUGUCUACAAGGCACCUAGAGAAUACUUUCAUACUUUUGAAGCAGAUAGCUGCCAGGCUGGCUUGAACUUUGCCAGUGAAGAUGAAGCAGUCAAAUUUAAGAAAGCAAUAGAUAACAAGUUGAUGGAUAGACAGCGAAGAAAGAAUGAGAAAGGUAGAAGAAGACAAAACACUAUUCAACAAAAACCUCCCAAUGACAUCAGUCGCCCACCAAACAUUGCUCAGCAGAGAUCCAAUGCUCCAGCUAUUCCCACACCUCAGCCUGUGACUAUCAAUGUGGAUUUGAAUCGUAGCAAUAACAAUCUCAGCUCGGCUGGCACUGGCACUAUAAAGAAAGGGAAAGAGAACAAGAAAGAUGCCAAGAAGAAGCUAACCAAGGCUGAUAUUGGCACACCUUCCAAUUUUGUGCAUGUGAGUCAUGUUGGUUGGGAUCCUGAUAAAGGUUUUGAUAUGAACAACUUGGAACCUGACAUGCAGAAACUGUUUCAGUCUGUGGGUAUCAAAGCUGAUGACAACAUUGACAAAGAAACUGUUGACUUUAUUUAUGACUUUGUGGAGAAACAUGGUGGCAUUCAGGCUGUGAAACAAGCUUUGGGACCUGGACGAUCUGGACUGCCUCCACCUCCACCAAGUGGUGGAGCACCCCCUCCGCCUCCACCUAGUCGUACACCUGCUCCAGCUCCUCCGCCACCUUCUAGGGGAGGUGCACCACCUCCUCCACCUCCAUCUCGUGUAGCACCUGCACCAACCAGGGGAGCAGCUCCUCUCCCACCACCUGCUCCUAACAGAGGCAUGCCUGCUCCCCCUAGGGCUCCUGUCUCUGCUCCUCCUCUGCCUCCUCCCAAUGCACCCCCUCCUCUUCCAUCAAACAUUGGGGGAGGGCCUCCGCCACCACCCCCACCUCCACAGAUGGGUGGCCCACCCCCUCCACCACCCCCACCUCCUCCACCCACUGGAGGAGACACCAGCGGACGCAAUGAUUUGCUAUCUGCCAUAAGGUCUGGAACCCAAUUAAAACCAGCGGCAGUUAAUGAUGGCCCCAAACCAACAGAUUCAAGAGAUGAUUUGCUGAAUGCUAUAAGACAAGGGGCAGCUUUAAAAAAAGUGGAUAAUAUGGAAGAUAGAUCCUCUGCCAACAGUCCUUUGGAAAUGGAUGGCCUUGUGGGAGCCUUAGCCAAAGCUCUGGCCAGCCGUCGUCCAGCCUGUGUGGACAGUGAUGAUGAAGAUGACUCAGAUGAUGAUGAUGAAGAUGUCAGUGAUGAUGAUGACUGGGAUGAUUAAAUCAACAUGUGUAUACUUUUUGACAAGUUAUUUCAAACAUGUACUUCAAACAGUACCCUGCACUGAGGAGUCAUAUUGUGUUAUUAUUUUUAAAAUAACCAUUAAUGUGGGAGUUUGUUUAUUUUAAAUUGUGGUUAAAGUAAAUAGUUUGAACACAUUCAUAGUAUUUAACAUUUGACAGCAUUAAUCCUUUUUUUUUUUUUUUUUUUUUUAAUAUCAAAAUUUUAUUUCAAAAUCAUCAUCAUAUCUUGUGCAUUUUUACUUUGAUAAGAAAGCACUAUUGUAUUGUCAAUGUUUGUCUAGUGGUUAAAAAAUAGUCAUUACUUUUUAUAUUUUCUUACUAUUGUUUUGGGGGAUGUGGUGGCUGAGUGUUUAAGUAUUUAACUUGUCUGAGAUUUAGAACUUUUGGAUUUGUAAGGUGCCCCUUAAGUCCACCCAACUUUAAUGGACACAACUGUGGAAGUAAAAGAGGUUGGUCAUUGUGCUGGCCACAUGACACCUUCAUUAAAUAAGGGCCUUAGAAAUAGUGUGUUUACAUUAUCUGCCCCCAUAAAUAAAAAAGGUUGAUAGGGAAACCUUUACUUUUUUUUUUCUUACUAUUUUUUUUUCUACCCUAAUUUUACUUCUGAUAGUUACUUCCUUUUAUUUUGUUAUACACCUAGUUUCUUUAUUGACACACAAAUGAAAUUUUUUAAAAAUAUAAAGAUUUCCUGUUUUGCACUAAUCACCCUUACUGUUGAACCAUACUUAAUGCUGAAAAUGUAAGUUUUGAAAUCAUUUAUUAUACAUAGUUCAAAUAUAUAUUUAAUUGUAAUUUUAUUCCAUUAUUCUAUUCUUAAUAGUAUCCUUAGACACUACAGAUGCUAUUCCAAUCAUCUUGCUAAAAAGCUAAGAAAUAGUGAUGUAUUAUAUCUUUGUAAAAAUAUUUUUAAAAAUCCAAUAGUUUAAGAAAAAUAUGUUAAAAGACAUUUUUAUGUAGGUUUUUUUUAAUAAACAAUGACCAAAAAAAAAUAUUUUUUUUUCUUUUGAAGUUAUGGUUAGGGUCACUGAUACUAAAUCAUAAAAUUACCCAUUUGUAAAAAUCAAUCUUAUAACUACAUUUAGGUUUAAUUAAAACUGAUUGCUAAUUAUUAGAUUUUUUUUAAAAUAGACGUUGGGCAUUAGACUUUGUCACUUUUUUCACAAUUUUUGGUGGCUGGAAAUUUUUUAUUUUUUUUUUUAGCUUCAUGUUAAGCAAUUGUUUUUUCAUAUUUUAUGUAUGUAAAUUUUAUAGCAAUAAAAUUUCAAAUAAGGAAAUUCUGUAAAACUUGAAUAGACUAUUAUGAAUAGACUAUUAUGUUCUAUUUCAUUUGAUUUUGUUUUUGUUUCUUGUAACCUUACAAAGUGAGCCUGAUUUCCCUUGUAACAGUAUAACCCAACUUAGUGCUGGGAAGGCUUAAGAUGCACUUUUGAAAAGAGGCUUACUACCCAUUCCCAUUUCUUGGUUACUAGUUUAGUCAAUAACAUUGUGUGUACAAACUGAUGACUUGUGUUUCUUAUUCAAAUUGCAGUUCUGUCUGUUUUAUUUCUUGUACCGGUAUAUGUUUUUUUAAAGUUUGAUCGAGGACAUCUAUAACAUAGCUUAUAAAAUCAACCCUGUCUGGUGCACAUUUUUACACGUUACUUCUCCCACUUCCCAUUCUACGAUCAAGUUGAAACUUUGCACAAUUUUUCAUUGUCCCUUUCAAAAUAUGAAUCAAUCAAAUUAUUAAAUAAUUUGCUUAUAAUUUUUUUUUUGUUUGAUAUAGAAAAGGAAAAUAAAUCUUACAGUAUUGAGACACAUA